AUGAGCCUGCUUGCAGAGUUGGUCGAGGAAGGGGAGGAUGCGGAGGGGCUGGCAUAUCUAGGUGAGCAGGCCCUAGCAGAGCUUGCAGCGCAGAAUGAGCAGCUUGAAGUGGACUGUCGUGGGCUUGAGGCCCAUUGCCGCGACUUGGAGCGCGCGGGCUGGCCGGUGCCUUGCAAGCUGGAAGAUGUAAUCCUGGCAUCGGAGACUGUCGAGGAGGUGCCUGCUGAACCUGAAGCCAACCUUUCGGAACACGUGUCCUUGGUCGUGGCCGCGGAGGCUGCUGCCAAGUCCGCACUGGAUGCAAAGACUUCUGCAGAAGAAGCCGCUAUUCAGGUUGGAAAAGCAUUGGGAAACACAGCAGAGACAAUGGAAUCAGAGCGACUACAUGAGCUGGCAUCGCCUGUGAUCUCGCGCGCUGUCGCAACUCUGUUUCAGAGUGUUCAGGGAGAUGCAGUGUCACCAGCCAAAGCUGCAGCCAAUGCAGCCAUGGCUGCUGGCUUAAGCGCAGAUGUAGCGGCCAGCACCGGGUUUGUUGCAGCAGGACUUGUUGCAGGAAAGCAGGCUCUUCAAGGUGGGAGCGAUCUGAACAGAUCCGCUGAAGCCGGCUGCAAGAUGACUAUGGACCUAGCCCAAGCUGCAGGCCUCUCAGCCGAGGAGGCUACCUUUCUCGCGGCGCGGACUGCUAGCGAGAUUGCAUCCGAAGCAUCUCGCAGCGCUGGUAAGACCUGUGAAAGGGUGGUGGAAGAUGCUGCGGACGCUGCCAAGAGGCUUGCGAAGCCAGGCUCAUCAAGCUUGUCCGCACGCCUGGGAGUCCAGGCAGCUGGCAGAGCAGCCGCAAAUACAGUGGCGAUGCAAGCUCCUGCUUUGGACGCCGCUCAAAUUGCAAAGAACGUCAGCAGUGCGGUUGCGGCUAUCACACGUGAGGCAAUCCCGGAUGUAGAAGACCGGCAUGAGGUGGUUGCGGAAGUGAACCGUGCAGCGGGCCGUGUGGUGGAAGAAGCAAUGGCUGCAGUCAUCAUGAAGGCUUCCGAGGGAAAAGCAACGCCUCAGGCUCCUGCAUCUCCACAGCAGGAGACAACAGAUCAAGAUGCACGGGUGAAGGAAUUGCUUAAGGCACGUGAGAAGUCGUUUGCAGCCAUGGCAGACAUGCAGGAGCGCUGUGCCAGCCAGCAAAGCGAGAUGGAGAGGCUGGUGCGAGAACGAGCUGGCGAUCAGGAAGAACUCUUGAAGCUGCGCCAGCAGCUGCGUGGUUUGGAGCAGCAGCUGCCAGACCCCUACCAUGAGCAGCUGCAAGAAGCAGAUCAGAUGGACAGUCUGAGCGUGACUACUGGGGACGAUACGUCCUCUCUGGCAGAGAGCCUGGCCGGGAGUGCCCGCAGAAUGCGGAAGAAGCGAAACGCUCGUGCAGGACAGGCCUUUCGACAGGCCAAGUGCUUGGAUGAAGGUGUGGACAUAAGUGCGGUGGAAGGAGAUGUUGAUCCAGAAGAACAGCUGAUUCGAGUAUUGGUCUCCAAGUCGCAUGCAUCACCGCUCUGGCGAGAUCUGCUAAUAUUCAUCCUCGAAAAGGCGGGACACGCUACUGCAUCUGACGUAGAGAUCAAGAAGGAGCUGCAGCUCAUGGCCUAUCAAGUCAAAGAGAAGUUGAGCUCGUUGGAGGGCACAGCACCAUCGCGGGAGGGCAUGUUGGAGACCAUGUUGAAGACGGUGGGCAAAGUCACCGACCAGGCUGUGGAUUCCGCUGUCUUAUAUGUGACCCAGGAUUCGCCUAAGCACUCCACAGACGCAGAGGAGGUGGUCAAGCAAGCCUUUGCCCCUGAGGCGAGGGAUCCAGCACAGGCCGGCGCUGACGCAUUCAAGCAAAAUGCUCGGCUAAGACUGGCAGCGCGACGGAAUCGACAGCGAGGUAGUGUCUUAAGUGUUGCGGCAUCUAUCUCUUCAAAGCCAGGCAGCUGA